AGGGGAUUCCCUCAUAACACCUUAACAAGUACAGAUCACGUGACAAGAAACCCCUUUCAUUGGGUGGUCAGUGGUGGCACAUCAUGAUCUUUUGUAUUUGUUUACACCACUGGGGGUAUUUUUGAAAUUCUCUUGGUACUAAUAAAUAAAAUUUCAUAACAGGUUAAAAGUUACGGUUCAAAAGUUAUCGUUAUCUGAGAUAUUUUAUAUCAUGACGAAAUUUAAGGUUAGGUGCAGUGAAUAAACAAGGAAAAUAUUGUGUAACAUCAUAACAUGGUAUAUAUAACUCGGUAAACAGUAUUAGUGGUGUUUCUUUGUGGUAGUCAAUAAGUGAUAGUGUAAUCGCGCUUGUCCCUCCAGAAGUCUCAAUAAUGUCCCAGUUAAAAGAAUACUCCACAAACAGUGAAUUUAACAACUACAGAUCUCCCUUGAGUACACGAUAUGCAAGUCAGGAAAUGCAAUUCAACUUUAGCGAUCAAAAGAAGUUUUCCACCUGGAGACAGUUAUGGGUAAAUUUAGCAAAAGCUGAAAAGGAAUUAGGGCUGCAAAUCACUGACGAUCAAAUAAGUCAAAUGGAAGCAAACAUUCAUAAAAUUGAUUUUGAUGCAGCAGCCAAAGAAGAAGCUUUAACCAGACACGAUGUCAUGGCCCAUGUGCACGUUUUCGCCCAGCAGUGUCCACUAGCAGCACCCAUCAUUCAUCUUGGAGCUACGUCAUGUUUUGUUGGAGACAACACAGACUUAAUUAUAAUAAAAAAUGGAUUGAAUAUACUUUUACCUCGUCUUGCCGCAGUUAUCAGAAACUUUGCCAAUUUUGCUGACCAAUAUAAGGAUUUACCAACAUUAGGAUUUACUCAUUUGCAACCUGCUCAAUUAACAACUGUAGGUAAACGUGCCACUCUUUGGAUUCAAGACCUGAUAAUGGAUGAAAGAGCUUUACGAGAUGUAAGAAGCAAUCUACGUUUUAGAGGAACAAAGGGAACAACAGGAACCCAAGCAUCCUUCAUGCAGUUGUUCAAUGGGGACAGCCAAAAGGUCAAAGCUUUAGAUAAACGUGUUGCACAUCUAUCAGGCUUUGAUCAAACUUAUCUUGUAACUGGUCAGACAUAUUCAAGAAAAGUUGAUUUAGAAGUUGUUGCAGCAAUUAGUAGUUUGGGAGCUACAGUACACAAACUAUGCAGCGAUUUAAGACUACUAGCAAACCGAAAAGAAUUGGAGGAACCUUUCGAAAAGAGUCAAAUUGGUAGCUCUGCAAUGCCCUACAAAAGAAAUCCCAUGCGUUCAGAGCGCUGUUGUGCUCUGGCUCGUCAUAUGAUAGCAUUAUUCUCCAACGCAGCUCAAACUCAUGCAGUCCAGUGGUUGGAAAGAACCUUGGAUGACUCGGCUAAUAGAAGAAUUACACUUGCAGAAGCCUUUUUGAGUGCCGAUGCCGUACUUUUGACUCUUUUGAACAUUUCCCAAGGUCUCGUGGUUUAUCCAAAAGUUAUUGAGCGCCACAUUAAACAAGAAUUACCUUUUAUGGCAUCAGAAAAUAUUAUAAUGGCAAUGGUGAAAAAGGGAGGAGACAGGCAAGUUUGCCACGAGAAAAUUAGAGUCUUGUCGCAAGAAGCUGCAGCCCAAGUUAAGCAGCACGGUUUCGAUAACGAUUUAAUUGCAAGAGUGAAAAAUGAUGCAUACUUUGCCCCAAUUUUAGGUGAAUUAGAUUCAUUAUUAGACGCACGAACAUUUACUGGUAGAGCAGCAGAACAGGUUACUGAGUUUUUAGAAGAAGAAGUUGAGCCUGUUUUGCUCACUUACACAAAAGAAUUACAAUCUCAAAAUAAGCACGUUCAACUAAAGAUUUAAUUAAGUUGUUUUUAUUAAUUAACUUAUAAAUAUCAUUAAACUUACACAAUGUUGUUUAUUCUU